CGCGGCCGCUGGCGCCCCUGGCGGAGGCUACGACCUGGCCGCGCCGCCGGGAGGCGCCGGGCCCUGGGCGCACGGGCCCUCGGCGCCGAUGGCGUGCCAGAGGCUCGGGCUGUCGCAAGGGUGCCUGCUUGAGGGCGUGGCGCUGGGCCACUUCGGCAGCGCGGCGGGCGCGGCCCUCUUCCAGGCGAGCCUCUUCGGAUGCAGCAGCGCCGCGCUGUGGCCGAUGCUGGCUGGGAGCUUCACCAGCCUUGGAGGCGCGGUGCUGCGCCUCUGCGCGCAGCAGGCUGGACUGCGUGCUGGACUGGCGCAAUGGCCUCAGAGGUCGGCGCUGCACAUCGAGACGUAUCGGAUGCGAUCGCCCGCCAGCGUGACAGAGCCCUGGGCGCAGUCGCAGGUGCCUGGGCGCGCGUGCGCUGGCUUGGCGGCAGACGCGCCUGCCCCUGCGCUGGGGGGCGACGGCCCUGGCGCUCAGCCGACGUCGCAGGAGCUGCAUGGGAAUAUUGCCGAUCUGAGGAGACGCCUGCAACAAAAGAGGAGUGUGGGCGAAGUGCUGACGGACCGUGUGGAGGCUGCGCUGACAGAGUCGAAGCGAGGGGGCCGCCGUCGGAAGCGGCGCCGCCGGAACUCCGACAGCAGCCCAGGCGCGUCAGUUUUUGAUGGCGCCCCACACGUCGAUUCAGGCCGCAGGAUAGCCCAUCUUGCUCGGGAGAGGCCAGGGGCUCUCCUAUCCAGCGGGACGGAGCAGAUCAAACGCUACCUUGCGCGGCGUGCGGGGGCGGGCGCAGAUUCCAGCCUGGGCGAGCUUGCAGCUUCUGCGGCGCAGUGCGUCACCAGCGCGUGGCACGGCCACCAUCCUCAGAGCGAGAUGGGAGUGCGAAAGGUGCGCGAGAUGAGAACGGUGGGGGAGUGCCUCGAUGCCUUGCUUCGAGGAGAGUUGGAUCACCUCGGAGAUCUCCUGAUUCAGAGGCUGAAGGCGCUCGAGCAGGCGACCAAGGACGGACGCUGGCAGGUGGCGCAGCACUUGGAGCUCUGCGACGACCUCGGAGUCGGCCCCGCCCGCUAGGAGGAGGGGUGCGACGCGGUGAGCAAGCGCGAGCGGAUGCGCGGCAUGGCGGAGAGCGUCGCCAAGGCCAAGAAGGGAGG